CGGCUUGUUUGUCACAUAGCGACGCCUCUUUUUCACCCAGGCAUUUCCUCCCGGUCGCUGCUUCGUAGUUGAACCUUCCCUCGGCAACGGCGAUGCGCUGCCGGCUACUGCUCGCGACUUUUGCGGCGCUCUGGCUCGCUUCCCUGCUCAACCCCGAUGCGGUCAGCGCAGCCAACGUCUUCUCGUCGGUGGCACACAUGAAGGACCUGAUGUCCCUAGAGCGAAGGCUGGUUUCCAAGGUCGACGACUUCCUACACCGCAUGGAAACGAAGCUGGACCACCUGCGCAGCUUUCUGAACGAACACUAUGAGACGAAAGCGUUCAAAGACCGGAAGCUGACACCCUCUUCGACAGAGCAUGAGUACGACACCUGCACGGCCAGCCGCGUCGACCCGUACAACACCGUGAAUCGCCUGUCGGUCGACUGGAAUGAGAUCGUGCACCACUUCAGGGUGCCCGACUGGAUGGAGAUCGAGAAACUGAUGUUGGAGUCGAACGACACGUUCCCUCGCCCGAGCGAUCUGCUGGACGCCGGAGAGGCGCUCAUCCGCAUGCAGAAGACGUACCAUCUCAACCUCACCGACAUGACCAAAGGAAUCAUCAUGGGACACAAGGCGAUGGCGCAGUUGACAGCGCGAGACUGUGUGUACUUCGGCCAGCUGCUGCACAGCAAGUCUGACUUCGAGGACGCCAUCAAGUGGUUCGAAGAGGCACUCGCAAGGCUGAGCCUCGAGAAGCAGCCCUCCAUCACGCCAAAGACGGUGCAUGAUUACCUCGCCAGCAGUCUCGAACAGCUGGAGCAACAACAGCACGAAGAAGAGCUGUCCAACAUGGACCUACCGGAGGAGCCCAGCGUUGAAACGCUCUUCGCCGAAGGAUACCUGGAGGCGUUCAACGACCUCUGCCGCGGAGUCAAACUCCGGCAGUUCCAAUGCAAGGAGUAG